AUGUCGUCACACCGCGACGGGGAGCUGCGAACAGCUACUGCAUCUUCCCUUCUUAUUGAAGAGCAGCAAGUAGGACAAGACACGACUCGCAGCAACGGAAGACGAGCAGAGAUGAAGCAGAGGGGAAGAUCUGGCAGCUUGUUGGUGCUUCACGCUGUGGUCUACCCAGAAAAGCUCUGCAAGUGGGCUACACUAGUGCGGAGCCACCACGCCCCCCUGUACCACCCGUACCGCUACUUCGACAAAAGCCAGCACAGCGACCCUGAACUCAAUGCGGGGAAACGCAAUAACACGAAAUACGAUGCUGCGCUGCACGAAAAGUUCUCCGCUUCUCCGACAUCCGAGACGUCGGGGCCAAAAGAUUCUCCGAGCCACCUCAUAAGGUGGGGCUUCAGAACCGAUCUCGGCGUUGGUUAUACCGGAAGCAAUACGGACAUGGAACCGCGAACCCAACCUCCUUCCAUUAAUAACAAUUACAAUACCAUGUAA